UGCCGCUGCCGCUACUCCCGCCACUGCCGCCGCCGCCGCUGCUGCUGCUGGAGACUGCCCUACAGAGCCCCGAACACCAGGCUGGGGGGAGCGCCCCCGGGACCCCUACACAGGAGUCCACCCACCCUGAAGCGCCCCUGCCGAGAAGCAAGGCAGCACUGUGAGCAGCAAGCGAAGGAGGAGAGGGAAAAGCCACGCCACCUCUACCGACCGAGACAGGCGAGUCCCCGCGCCCCGCGCCUCCUCCAGUCCGGAGAAAGGAGAGACGAGCCAGGGAUACCCCAGCCACGACCGCUGUCCUUGGAGUCACUUUGGAUGCGCCCCUUCCCCAGCUAAAAAAAAGAGGACGAGUUAGAAGAAAGUUCACCCACCCUUAUCACCACCCUCGGUGGGAGAAAGGAGGGCGGAGAGACGAGGAUUUUCUCCCAUGCUGUCGGUCCUCCGCUCCCCUUGGUUUUGGUGAGCUGCUCCCCGAGACCGCCUGAGGGGGCUUGGCGUGAUUUUCGUUCGGGGGGUGGGGAGGGUGGGGCGGGGGACCCAGAGAGAUCGCUGCAGCCCCAGCCCCGCGCCGGAGGCAUGGAGCGGUGCCCCAGCCUGGGGGUCACCCUGUACGCCGUGGUGGUGGUACUGGGGCUCCGGGCGGGGCCGGCGGGCUGCCAACACUACCUCCACAUCCGCCCGGCCCCCAGCGACAACCUGCCCCUGGUGGACCUUAUCGAGCAUCCGGACCCUAUCUUUGACCCCAAGGAGAAGGAUCUAAACGAGACGCUGCUCCGUUCCCUGCUGGGGGGUCACUACGACCCGGGCUUCAUGGCCACCGCGCCUCCAGAGGACCGGCCAGGAGGGGGUGGGGGGGCCGCCGGGGGCGGCGAGGACCUGGCGGAGUUGGACCAGCUGCUGCGGCAGCGGCCGUCCGGGGCCAUGCCGAGCGAGAUCAAAGGGCUGGAGUUCUCUGAGGGCUUGCCCCCGGGCAAGAAACACCGGCUCAGCAAGAAGCUACGCAGGAAGCUGCAGAUGUGGCUCUGGUCGCAGACCUUCUGCCCAGUACUCUACGCGUGGAACGACCUGGGCAGCCGCUUCUGGCCCCGCUACGUGAAAGUGGGCAGCUGCUUCAGCAAGCGCUCUUGCUCCGUGCCGGAGGGCAUGGUCUGCAAGCCGGCCAAGUCGGUGCACCUCACUGUGCUGCGGUGGCGGUGCCAGAGGCGAGGGGGGCAGCGUUGCGGCUGGAUCCCCAUCCAGUACCCCAUCAUUUCGGAAUGCAAGUGCUCUUGCUAGAACUCGGGGUCCCUCAUGCCCAGACCCCAACUCUCAAUCCACCUCCUCGCCACCCACCCCACCCCCAUUCUUCCACCCUUCCAAAUCGGAUUCAAUGAACUUUUUUUUUUUUGGGCUACAGAGACAUAGCUUUCUGGUUCAUGUAAUGCACUGUUAACUGUGUAGGAAUGUAUGUGUGUGUAUAUACGGUCUCGGUUUUAAUUUACUUAUUAAAAGGUCAGUAUUAUACGUUCAAAGUUACCGGCUUCUACUGUAUUUUUAAAAAAAGACAAAAGGAAAAAAAAAAGCAGAGAGAGAGACUGUUAUUCUGGUUGUUGCUAAUGUUACCCUGCUAUUUAUAUCCAGAGCACUUCGCCUGGCGAAGCAGAAAAAGUUAUUUUUUUUAAGUACAAAGAUGAAAGGGGGAAAAAAACUUUUUUUUUUUUUGUGUAGAAGGACUUUUGAAAAGAAGAAGCUAUUUUCCAUUCUUCGGAAAGUGUUUUUGUUUGGUUUUGGUUUUGUUUUUGUUUUUGUUUUCCUUGGACCUCGCAGAAGCUAUAGAGUUCAAUGUUAUUUUACAGUUAUUGUAAAUAGAGAGAACAAAUGGAAUGACUAAUCAUUGUAAAUUAAGAGCACCUGCUAUUUAUUCUUUAUAAUAUCAUCCCGUGUAGUAAAAGAGAGAGAGAAGUGCAGAGCAGAAUUAAAGUCAACCAC